UAGCCGUUAAAUUUGCCUAAACUUAAAAAAAAUAACGUUAAAUAAAUGGAUACCAUUUCUGCUAGCACAGCCAGCAAUGGACGUCGCGCAACCCUCAAGCGUACUACGCGCCGUAUUAGAAAACGAUCCCUCGCGAGCCGUGCCCAGAUUUCUACAUUAGCACUAUCGUUGUCGACAACCCCAAGGAAAGCGGCUCAACGUGUUUUUCUCUACAUACAACUGAACGAGGUUAUAAAGCUGCCAGAAACGCCAUAUUCAUUGGAGAUGCAUCUGUAUCAGUCUAAGAAUACUUUACAAAAAAUGCAGGAACGCUACACCACUGAAACCAUUAUUUACCAAAAUGAGUUUGAUAUGAAGAAACCAGUUUUUGCAUUGGGAAUCUUGCAGGAUAGCAUUGAUGAUAUGAACACUUUCAGCGACAAUCCGUUAAUCAUAACGCUCUACCAACGGAUUCCUCGCCAUCGCAAAGGUGAACUGAAGACCAUUGCGGAUAUGAAAAUAGAGCCUUCAACAAAGUUUAAGCGAGAAGUACCCUCUGAAAUUGGCGAUUCCGUGGAUCGAAAAAGUGCUGAACCACAGACAAGAGAAACGAUUUCAUCCGCAAUGGAACCUGGAAUUAUAAAGGAACUGUUAACAGAAGUCUCCAUGUCCACCUCCGCAGUCUUAAAAGAGGCAGUCGACGACGAAGGUGGCGAAGGGGAACUAGCACCAUUUGUAAAUGAGCGUCUCGAACUAAUUUCACGUGGGCACUGUGAUCUGUUAAAACUGUUCCACCGCAAGCGCUUCAUCAGCAACAUGGAUGUAUUGUUGUAUCCUCAGUAUCAGUACAAGCUAGAGUCGUUAACCGCUGAGAAAAUUACCACUACCACCAUUUGGCACAUGUACUCCAUACUGCCUAUGCUUAAGAAGUUCACUUUCACGAACCUGGCUUUCAUUACCUUGGAGUCCAUUUAUAAUGCGCCCAUGGAUAUGCAUGAUCGCGCCGCAAGUUUGGGCAUAUGUCUGUCAUUUCGAUCCACACAGCCCGACGAGAAUGGGAGCUAUAAGGUAGUGCCAUUUUGCAAUUACUACGGCUUCACCUCAAACAUUAUCAGUGACCAGAGCACCAAUGUCGUGUGGGAGACUAUUAAGCGCGAUUGCAAUCUGACCGACACCUUUAGCUUCAAUCAGAUGGACACGGGUUCACGCAUUAAACUGCCCCGUCUCUUCAAUCAUUUGCUGUACACGGAGAACGUUGAUUUUAAAAUUCCUGAUAUUGAUCCUGUGCUGGAUCUGGCACUGGUCAACAAUUCACUGCACCGAUAUGUGAUAGACAGCGAAAUGCGAGCCAUCCUUGAGGCAGCUGUGGUGCAUAACCACUUUGAGCUGCUUGUUCAAGUAUACAAUGAGUCGCCCCAGACGAUUAUCUAUGAGGGUACCAUUAAUUUGAGUGUCUUUGGCUAUCCCAACGUGAAUUCUGUCCGUUUUGCUACCGUAUUAACACCUGUUGUCAGUCGCUCAUCAAAGCAAAAGUCUCGUGGACCAUCAUUGCUACCGUCUCUGACGUAUCCUAUGUUCACCAUCAUCAAGAUAUGCUUUUUCCAGCCGAUAGCAAAGUAUAAUGAGCCCUUGGAUGUGUUUAACGAGAGCGAAAUGAAGUACGCCAAGCUACGACGCUGUUUUGACAUUGAGUUUCUGAAAGAGGAGGACGAUCGGGAUAUUGCUAAAGAGUUAUAUCGCGCUUUUGACGAUCUUAUCUCAGACAUUAUUGCCACAAUUGUAAAGCGCGACAUUCACGACAUAACCCAGCGCCGCGACUAUUUCUGCUGCCAGCUCGGAAAUCUCAUUAAUUUGCUCCUAAAGAUCUGCGGUGCCGAUUUCAAUGUGCGCAUGCGCACCAAAACCAAUAUUGAGUUCCGUGAAAUGUUGACGCACAUGUACAAAGAGCUCGUGCAACGCAUGUACGACUUGCUGAUGGCCUGUGGCAGGGAGAGUUUGAGCAACUGCAUCGUAAAUUAUGAGGCGGAACAGGUGCGCCUAAUACGCAUGCUGGAGGAAUAUCGUUUCAUGCAGAUUGUCGGCGACACCGACAUGGCCCAGUUGGCAUUCGAAGAGCUUAAAGUGAACAGUACCAAUAAGAUGAUCUUUGAGUUUUAUUUAUUCCUAAAUGAUGUGGAAACCUUAAAUUUUGAGAGUGCCUCCAAAUAUUUGGUGCAGGCCAAGGAUAACGAAUGGGAAGGCGAUUAUUUUGCCUCUUUGCUAAAGCUAUACAUCGACUACCAGAUGGAAAUGGAAUCAGAGGAGUUGGCUGGCGAGGCAUAUGCUAAUCUGAUAGAGCAGUUACGGAUCUUCACUACCAAGAACUCGUUGGAUCAAGACGCUUGGAUUCUGCUCUACUGCUACUACAAGAAUAACCAAUAUAUGCCGGGCAUGGAAUACACCCGUUGGAAAUACGAAAAUCUCUAUGAUAUACCGCGCAAGAAUAUGUCCCUUGCUCCGCGCUCCUUCUUCGAGCUCUACAUGCCCAUCGAUUGCGAGCUAAAGACGCCGCGUGCAAUAAAGUUUUAUAAGAUCUUCAAGCUAUUUGCACGUUUGGGGGCCUACGGUUUUGCUGAAGUUGUGUUCGCCGAAGUAGCCAACGAUUGUCCCGCGGUGGAGGCAUAUUUGGUCACCACAACGCUAAAGAUGUUGCAAGGCCACAUAGACAAUACCUUCAAGGUUCGCACUUUUCCCACAGACAACAGCAUUCGGGGCAAGAUGUUGCGCUACUACUUGGCCCACAUUAAUGGCAGCGUGGAAUAUGCGCGCGGGCGAUACGAUGAAGCCAUCAACCAAUACAAGCAACUGCUCAGUAUUACCGAACCGGAUAUACUAUUAAAUUUCUAUUUGAGCCUUUCCCGCUUGGGUCAGUUAAGCUUCAAUCGAGGCGAUUACCCGCUGGCAAAAAAGGCCUUUGCUAUGUGCCUAGGGCUGGACGGAUGGGAGAAGCAGUUUUCGGCCAAUUAUGGCAUGGGGCGCUCCCUCUACUAUAUGAAUCAGCUAGAGGAUGCCAUUGAGUACCUGGCUAACUGCACUCAUGCGGAAUACUUUGUGCCCGAUGUUUGGGGCUACUUGGCUGUCAUUAAUCUGCGUUUGAACAAAACAAAACGUGCGCUGGAUUGUUGGAAGAUGGCUAAGCAGUACCCAGAAAUGGCCAUUGCCGACAGCAUUUACGACGAGCUCAAUAAAAUCAAGUUCUCUGACAUCAGUUUAUUGGUGGACGAUGAUGGCAAUGAAGAUGAAUUUAUGGGUAAAAUGGAUUUUGGCAUUUAAAAAUUGUUGCUAUGUUAAAUACAAACUAUACAUUUGCACCUAA